CAGACCAGCUCAGCGAUGAAUGGAAGGACAGCCUACAACAUGCACAGCAGGAAGAUUCGGACAUUAAGCCGAUUCUGGAAUGGAUGAAGGCCAGUGCUCCUAAGCCCAAGUGGAGCGACGUCUCAGCAAUGAGUUCGACCACGAAAAGCUAUUGGGCCCAAUGGGACAGCUUGCUGAUUCAGGAUGGAGUCCUGUGCCGUAAAUGAGAAAAUGGUCAGGGAGACAGUUGUCAUUUGCAAAUGGUUGUCCCUAAGGCUAAAGUACCGGAUGUUCUACAGCUGUACCAUAGUGGUUGUUCAGGAAGCCACCUGGGAGUUAAACGAACUCUACUGAAGAUCCGAGAACGGUUUUACUGGGUCCACUGUCGUGCCGACGUCAAGGACUGGUGCCGCAAAUGUACAAGUUGUGCGGCUGUAAAGGGACCUCAAAUUCGUAGUAGAGACGCAUUGAAAUUGUACAAUGUCGGUGCACCAUGGGAGAGGAUAGCCAUUGAUGUUGCGGGGCCGUUUCCGAAAAGUGAAAGUGGUAACAAGUAUUUCAUGGUUGUGAUGGAUUACUUCAGUAAGUGGCCAGAAGUCUUCGCCAUUCCAAAUCAAGAAGCUUCAACAGUUGCAGAUAAACUAGUUCAUGAAGUCUUCUGUCGUUUUGGAGUACCCUUAGAGAUUCACAGCGAUCAAGGAAGGAAUUUCGAGUCUCAAAUAUUCCAGGAAACUUGCAGAGAUAUGGGUACUCAUAAAACACGAACAACUUCUUACCACCCACAAUCUGAUGGAAUGGUAGAACGUUUUAAUCAGACAUUGGAAAGGUACCUGGCAAAAGUUGUGGAAAAACGGCAACGAGACUGGUACAGGCACAUACAACCGUUUUUGUUGUCAUAUCGAAGAUUCACGAAAGUACAUCAGUUACGCCAGCUUUCGCAAACUUUGGGAGAGAGUUACGGCUGCCUGCAGACCUGAUAACCGGAAUACCACCUGAUGCCCCACGCAGUAUAACCGAUUAUGCAAAUUACUUGCGGAACAAAAUGAAUGACAUUUAUGAGCACGUCAGACAGUCGAGCCAGCAAACUUCUGAGAAGAUGAAAACACGGUAUGACCGCAAAAUGAACAACAAAGGGUUUGACGAAGGUUCACUAGUGUGGUUACACAAUGCAGCUCGCAGCAAAGGGAAAUCUCCUAAGCUUCAAGCCAAAUGGGACGGAUCGUACCGGAUUGUGACAAGGAUCAAUGACGCAACCUACCGGAUACAGAAAGGUGCCAGAGGUACUCCUAAGAUCGUCCAUGUGGAUCGACUGGCGCGUUAUUAUGGGGCCAAUAAUGCUCGGGACGAGCAUGUCUUAGGAGGGGGCAGUGUUGCGCGCCACUAUUAAUGUCUUGUACAUGGCAACACUAGUUACACUAGCGCCCUCUAGUGUCGAGUAGCAGAACUAGGAGAGUCAAGAUCCUUCCAGAAAUUUCGGGACCGAUAUGUACUCGAACAUUCUAGAUUUCGCUACAGUAGAAGAUUCUGGAAACUAUCUGAGGCCCUAUAUAAGGCCGGUAUAGACCACGACCGAGGCAGUAUUGAAUUGGCGAUACAAGAGAAUACUUAGACGCGAAAUAACUGCGAACUAAAGUGAUUAUGUAUUAUUAUUAGUGUGGUUUUAGACUGUAAUUAGUGUUGUGUAAUUAAAGUGUCAAUUUUGGUAAUUCAAUCGGCAGUUUUUAAUUGUCUCGAACCCCAAGCUCGUAACAGUAUCAAUGACGCUAUUCAGUGUUGCUGCGAAUGCAAAAAUAAAGUUCCCCGUGGCUGAGAUUUUUAUAUGUGAAUUUAUUGUUACUAUAUUUUAUAAUAUAAUAUAUUUAACUUAUUAUAAUAUAACCUGAUUCUAUAUUAUUUAAUGUUUAUUUCUGUAGUAUUGCUUUUGAGCAAUACUACAGAAAUUGACUUGAAUUGACAUUACUACAGAAAAUGACAUAAUUGCCGUUUAUUAGGGUUCCGUACCCAAAGAGUAUAUAUGUCUGUCAGUAGACUGUAUCUUAUGGACCGUAAUAUGUAGAAUUUUUAUAGAAUGUGUAUUUAUAUUGCUGCUAAAACAACAUAAAAUAAAAAAAGAAAACUAGUAAAAUAUUAAAGUACCCAAAAAAUUCACGUUUCUUGUAUGAAGACCAUACAAGAAACGUGAUUUUUUUUCUGUAUUGAUAUGUGUUUUGUUUACAGACUAAAGAGAAAUCUGGAUUAACACGCAAUAAAAUGUGUAUGGUGGGAUUGAAAGUUUAUCAUGAGCUUUUACCGCUGGCUAAAACCAUCGAUUCGGAUCUCUACUACCAAUAAAUAAUGAGACAAGCAAGAAAUAGAAUAAAAACGCCUGGCAUUGAUAAUCAGAAAAGGAGUGAUCUUUCAUCAUGAUAACGCCAGGUCACAAGAUUAGUUCUCUGUUUGAGACUUUCAAUACACACUAACAUUCCUAAAAAUCCAGUAUUUGCUUGAGUACUUAAAACUGGUUUAAAAGUUUUAGUCAUUAUUUUCUUUUGUUGCUUGUGUUCUUUAAAAGAAAGCUUUCUGGAGGUUUUAAUAUUUAAGUUUAUAAUUUUUUUUUUUCAUUAUAAAUGGGAUGACUAAAUCCAUGUUCCUUCAAAUCUCUGGUAUUGAAUAUAUCAAAUAUAACUACUUGUCACAUUUUUUUAAUCAAAAUCCCAAUAUUUCUACAGCAACGUUUAUUUUUUUAUGUCACUACCUAUAAGAUGGUAACAAAUUAUCGAACAGAAUGGACCCAUAUAUAUUAUAAUUAAAUGUAAUAAGACUUUAAAAAAAAAAGUCUUGUAUUUGUAUACAAUAUACGAAGAAACUUUUUCCCCGGUAUACUAACUAAAGGUGUAACAAAAUAGUACUUAAUAACUUAGGGAAUGAUUCUGCCCGUCAACGUGAAUAUUUUUUGUUAUGGGAUCAUCUUCGAAAUUUUCAAUUUAUACGUGAUAGACCCAUACUGCAGCUAUAUUACUGGUAUAGUUGUAGCACGAAUGGGUCAGCUCUACCGGGGAAGGACCACGCUCUCACUGAAUACCAGUGUAAAAUAGGAGCUUAACGCUGCUGUGUUUCCUAUGGUGAGUGUAGAGAACAGGAGACCCUUUUUACUCGAAACGAGGCAUUCCAUCUUAGUCCUCAGGGGUUGCAACGCAUCUGCAUUUUGAUUCUUAACCGAGGAUAGAUGUAUAUGUCUAUGGGCCACAGCAACCACUUUCCAUUAGGUGAACUGAGUGCUCGUUUGUCACCCUGAUCCUAUAAAAAAUAUCUCAAAGUCAGUUAUUCCAUACAAAAUUUCGUACAAACUUGCUCAAAAUGUAUGGAAGACCUGAUUUUUCUUGCGAUUUGGAAGAUAUCUAUAGUAAAAGUUGUUCAUUUAGACGCGUAGAAUCGAAAGCAUAUUUUGAUUACACACUAUACGUAACAAUUUUUUUAAAUAAUUUGUGAAUGUUAGUUAGACAUGUAAAUAAAAUCAUUAAACUGAUAAAAAGGAGGCCUAGAUAUAACCUAUACAUAAUUUACACAAAUAUAUUUUAUUAAUAAAAUAUACAUUUUUAAGUAUUUCUGGAAUACAUUCAUAACUAUGAACUUAACUACUAAGCCAUAGCAUAAAAUAAAUUUUCCCGUUAAUCGGGUAAUAGUUAAGCUGUUGGCAUAUACAAUUUUUCACGUCAUAUGGCAGCUGUACACGCUCGUCUCGUCGCGUCGCGUGCCUCUCGUCGCGUAAAGGCUCGACACGAGAGCACACCAUGUACACACUCGUUGUAUCACUUGAACUCCGAAUGCCCGCUGCUAUGGACCUACAAGAAACUGUUGCUGCGUUUUGCCUUUGUCCUAUUAGUUAUUAUAAUUUUUUACACAUUUACCAUAAAAAGAAAAUUAAUAAGCCAUGGCGAAGAAGAAGAUGGUGGAUGGUUUCUAUUCACCGUAACAGAACCAUAAGUACCAUGGAGAAUCAGUUGGCUGAGCUAGUGGCGGAACCCUCUGGUCAAUUUGACAAUUUUACAAGAAUGUCUUUAACAGACUUUCAAUAUUUGUUGCAAAAAGUUUCCCCGUGGAUUUCAAAGAAAAAUACACCAUUCAGAGAUACAAUACCAGCCAAAGUUCGCCUAGCAAUUACUUUGAGAUUCUUGGCUAGCGGAGAUAGCUUUGAAAGUCUACAUUUUUUGUUUAAAGUCUCCAGCUCCAUUAUAUCCAAAAUUAUACCUGAAGUAUGUAUUGCAUUAAAUGGAGUUUUAAAGGAUCAAAUUAGGAUACCACAGGAUCCACAGUCAUGGUUGGAAUUAGCAAAAGGGUUCAGAAAAUUUCCACGGUGCCUUGGAGCUAUCGAUGGGAAACACAUUUGUGAUGCAAUCUCCUGCACAUAGUGGUUCGGAAUUCUACAACUACAAAAGGACUUUUAGCAUUGUACUACUUGCUUUAGUCGACGCCAAUUAUAAUUUUAUAUUUGCAGAAAUUGGUAGUCAGGGCAGAAUUAGUGACGGUGGUGUCUUUCAAAAUUGUCAACUCUGGAAAAAAAUUUGCUCGAAUAAUUUAAAUUUGCCAAUGCCACGACCACUUCCAGGUAGUACAAGAGAAGUUCCAUAUGUGUUUUUAGGCGAUGGAGCAUUUGCAUUAUCAACACAUAUAAUGAAGCCUUUUCCUGGAAGUCAUAAUGAACGAACACCGAAACGUAUAUUCAAUAUGAAACUUUCAUCUUCACGCGUAGUCGUUGAAAAUGCUUUUGGUAUAUUAGCCUCAAAAUUUAGAGUUUUUCGAAAACCAUUGCUACUUGACCCAGAAAAAACCACCAUCAUUACUAUGACUUGUGUACUACUACACAAUUUCUUAAGAAGUAGUAGUUAUUCACACUCAAUAUAUACGCCCCCAGGUACAACAGAUGUUUACGACAGUAAUGAUGUACUGGUUACCCCAGGUUCUUGGAGGAAUGAAAUUGAAGAUACGUGUGCCAUCAGACCCUUGCAACAAAUCCCAAGAAGAUCGGCACUGAAUGCCCAUCAGAUAAGGGACGAAUUUACAACUUAUUUCUUUAACUGUUACAAUAAUGCAUUAUUAAUAAUAUAGUAAGUACAUAUCCAAUUUCUCUGUUUAAAAAUAUCGACAAAAUAUCCAAAAUUAAAUUGAAUGAAUUAUUUACUACAUUUAGUUAUGUACCUUAAUAUUAUUAAACUAAUGAUAAAAAAAUAAACAAUGUUAAUUAAAUUAACGGUUUCAUGUAUGGAAAUAAAUAUUUGGUUACCUG